UGCAGAUCGCCUUUCAGAAACAGAGAGAGAGAGAGAGAGAGAGAGAGAGAGAGAGAGAGAUAUGAUGACGGGCUGCGCCACCAUGAAUGAGAUGGAGACGAAGGCGGCGGUUCGGUUCGGCAUCAUGGGAUGCGCCGCCAUAUCGAGGAAGGUCUCCAGAGCCAUCGGCCUCGCUCCUGACGCCCGGCUCGUGGCAGUGGCGAGCCGCACACUGGAGAAGGCGCGGCAGUUCGCGUCGGAUAACGCCUUCCCGGAGGACGCCCACAUCUACGGCUCAUACGAUGAGCUUCUGCAGGACCCGGUGGUGGAGGCGGUGUACAUCCCCCUCCCUACGUCUCUCCACCGGCGGUGGGUAGCGGAGGCGGCCCGGUCGGGGAAGCACGUGCUGGUGGAGAAGCCGGCGGCGCUGAACGCCGGCGAGCUGCAGGAGAUGCUGGCGAUCUGCGAGGAGAAAGGGGUGCAGUUCAUGGACGGGACGAUGUGGAUGCACCAUCCGCGGACGGCCAAGAUGCGGGAGCUCCUCUCCGAUGCCACCCUAUUUGGAAACCUCAAAUGGGUACACAGCACCUUUACAUAUGUUGGCGACGCCUAUUUUCUUGAGAACGACAUCAGAGUGAAGGCAGAUCUUGAUGGUCUGGGUGCUCUGGGGGACGUCGGGUGGUACUGCAUCAGGUCCAUCUUGUGGGCAGUCGACUACCGACUGCCGAAGACCGUGACGGCAAUUCGAGGCUCGGUUUCCAGAAGUGCGGCGGGAGUUCUUCUCUCAUGCGGCUCCUCUCUGCAGUGGGACGACGGCAGAGUGGCCACCUUCCAUUGCUCCUUCGAUGCCAAUUUGACCACGCACUUAACUGUCACCGGGACCAGAGGGACCCUUGUCCUUCAUGACUUUGCCCUGCCUUGCGAGGAUGAUUCUGCAACUUUUUCCUUCUCAUCAGACACGGGACUCUCGGCGCAGGAGAGGGAAUGGCGUCCAUUCCCAUCUAUCGAGCAUCGCGUUCCGACUGACCUCCCUCAAGAGGCGUGCAUGGUGAGGGAGUUCGCGAGGUUGGUCAGAUGCAUCACGGAAUCUGGUUCGAAGCCCGAUCAAACAUGGCCUGCCAUCACGAAGAAGACGCAUUUGGUGAUUGAUGCAGUUAUGGCUUCCAUAGAGAAGGGAUUUGAGACUGUGCUACUGUGAUUUGAAUUACAAUAUGAUGCGAAGAUCAACUGAUCAAGCUGAUCUGCUUGACGCGUGCCAUGCAUGUCGUCUGCUUCUGUUUCUUAAUGCGGCUUAUGUCUGAAGCAUUUGGUUGCAGUUGGCGACCAAUGCUUUUGUUGGUUUCUGUACCCGCUUUGUUGCUCUUUGCAAUAAAACUUUCCUCCAUGUUU